CACAUGACGCGUCGACGUCACGCUUUCGUACGCUUUUGGAUUCGGGCAGAAGAAGAUGGCGGCCUCCUCAGGAGUUAAAGUCCCUCGUAAUUUUCGUUUGUUGGAAGAGCUUGAGGAAGGACAGAAGGGUGUCGGUGAUGGGACGGUGAGCUGGGGUCUGGAGGAUGAUGAGGAUAUGACUCUCACACGGUGGACAGGCAUGAUCAUCGGACCUGCACGAACUAAUUACGAAAACAGGAUAUACAGCCUGAAAGUGGAGUGCGGACCUAAAUAUCCCGAAGUACCACCGACUGUUAGAUUUGUAACAAAAAUUAGCAUGAAUGGAAUAAAUAAUUCCAAUGGGAUGGUGGAUGCACGUAGCAUACCAAUUCUAGCAAAAUGGCAAAACUCAUAUAGCAUUAAAGUCGUUCUUCAAGAGCUAAGGCGUCUUAUGAUGUCCAAAGAGAAUAUGAAGCUUCCUCAACCACCGGAAGGACAGACAUACAGCAAUUAAUUGUAAAUGAUUGUUAUGACCCUCUGUCUUAAACCUUACUCUCUUAGAAAUGUCUUGUAAAUCAUCAGAAAAAGAAAAACCAAACAAAUAUUGCUCACUCCACACUCAAACAGUCUCCUCUGCGGGAGCACGAUUGGACAUUUCUAAUAGUUUAGCUUGAGAAACAAAGGAAGGAAAACACCUAUAUUGUGUGGCACCAUGUUCAAUUCUGUUUUAAAGUUACGAGUGCACAAAUCUCUCUCUUCCAGUAACAUUUGCAUUGACCACGAGCUUUAUGAUGAUGAACUGAAUCCAGUCAGCAUAGACGCAGAAAGAAGGCGUGCUAGGUGAGGUUUAUACAGAUCUGUUCAUUUUAAGUUAAAGUAACGGGACACCAAAACUAAAAAAGGAUGCAUAUACAACGGCAUGCUUAUUAAAAAAAAGAGAAAAAAGAAAAAAGAAAUGUAAAAAGCAGCUGAGUAAAUUGUAAGUUAACUGAACUUUUUUUUUGUGUGUAUCUGAACUCCUCACUGACAAUAACGUUAAGGGUCCUAAAAGUGUGCCUGUAGUCUACUAGUAGUAUCGCAAAAGGGGUGGGAGCGGUUCUGAACUUUCUCUUCUGUUUCGUUUUUAUUUUUAAUGUCUGUAUUUGACACGAUCGCAGUGUGUUUCAGCGCGUUGUAAACGGAUGCUCUGUUCUGUUCUGAAAUCAAACCGUGCGCAAGGAUCUGUCAGGGGUGCAUUAAAA